AGCGGCGGCGCGGGGCCUGCGGGCGGCUCGGGGGCCGCGAUGGGCGCGGCGGGCCCCCGGCGGCGGCGGCGCUGCCCGGUCCGGGCCUGGAGGCUCUAGGACGGGCUGGCCUCCGCGGGCGGGGGCGGCGAGCUGAGCGCGCGCGGAGCCGGCGGGCGGAGAGCGGCGCGGACAUGGCCGCGCGGGGCCGGCGCGCCUGGCUCAGCGUGCUGCUCGGGCUGGUGCUGGGCUUCGUGCUGGCCUCGCGCCUCGUCCUGCCCCGCGCCUCCGAACUGAAGCGAGCGGGCCCGCGGCGCCGCGCCAGUCCCGAGGGCUGCCGGGCCGGGCAGGCGGCGGCGGCGGGUUCGCAGGUCGGCGGAGCGCGGAGCGAUGCGCGUGGGGCGCAGUCUUGGCCCCACGGCCCGGCUCCCGAGGGCGGCCCGCGCGACAGGAACUUUCUCUUCGUGGGAGUCAUGACCGCCCAGAAAUACCUGCAGACCCGCGCCGUGGCCGUGUACAGGACGUGGUCCAAGACGAUCCCCGGGCGGGUGGAGUUCUUCUCGAGCGAGGGCUCCGACACGUCCAUCCCCAUCCCCAUCGUGCCGCUGCGGGGCGUGGACGACUCCUACCCGCCCCAGAAGAAGUCCUUCAUGAUGCUCAAGUACAUGCACGACCACUACCUGGACCAGUACGAGUGGUUCAUGCGGGCGGACGACGACGUGUACAUCAAGGGGGACCGGCUGGAGAGCUUCCUGCGCAGCCUCAACAGCAGCGAGCCCCUGUUCCUGGGCCAGACGGGCCUGGGCACCACGGAGGAGAUGGGCAAGCUGGCCCUGGAGCCCGGGGAGAACUUCUGCAUGGGCGGGCCCGGCGUGAUCAUGAGCCGCGAGGUGCUGCGCCGGAUGGUCCCGCACAUCGGCAAGUGCCUGCGGGAGAUGUACACGACCCACGAGGACGUGGAGGUGGGCCGCUGCGUGCGGAGGUUCGCGGGGGUGCAGUGCGUCUGGUCGUACGAGAUGCAGCAGCUGUUCUACGAGAACUACGAGCAGAACAAGAAGGGCUACAUCCGGGACCUGCACAACAGCAAGAUCCACCGCGCCAUCACGCUGCACCCCAACAAGAGCCCGCCCUACCAGUACCGGCUGCACAGCUACGUGCUGAGCGGCCAGAUCGCCGCCCUGCGCCACCGCACCCUGCAGCUGCACCGGGAGAUCGUGCUCAUGGGCCGCUACAGCGGCAGCCCCGGCGAGACGCGCAAGGACGACCUGCAGCUGGGCGCGCCCCCGUCCUUCACCCGCUUCCAGCCCCGCCGGCGCGAGGAGAUCCUGGAGUGGGAGUUCCUGACGGGCCGGCACCUGUACUCGGCCGCCGACGGCCAGCCCCCCCGGCGGGGGAUGGACUCGGCGCAGCGCGAGGCCCUGGACGACAUCGUCAUGCAGGUCAUGGAGAUGAUCAACGCCAACGCCAAGGCCCGCGGCCGCGUCAUCGACUUCAAGGAGAUCCAGUACGGCUACCGGCGCGUCAACCCCAUGUACGGAGCCGAGUACAUCCUGGACCUGCUGCUGCUGUACAAGCGACACAAGGGCAAGAAGGUGACGGUGCCCGUGCGCCGGCACGCCUACCUGCAGCAGACCUUCAGCAAGAUCCAGUUCGCCGAGCACGAGGAGCUGGACGCCCGGGCGCUGGCCGAGCAGAUCAACCAGGAGUCGGGCUCGCUGUCCUUCCUGUCCAACUCGCUCAAGCGGCUGGUGCCGUUCGGGCUGCCCGGCGCCGGCAGCGAGCGCAAGGAGCCCAGAGAGACCAAGGUCAACGUCCUGAUCCCGCUGUCGGGCCGCUUCGACAUGUUCGCCCGGUUCAUGGGCCACUUCGAGAAGACGUGCCUGGCGCCCAACCAGAACGUCAAGCUGGUGGUGCUGCUCUUCAACUCGGACUCGAACCCGGACAAGGCCAAGCAGGUGGAGCUGAUGCGGGACUACCGGCUCAAGUACCCCAAGGCCGACAUGCAGGUCCUGCCCGUGGCCGGGGAGUUCUCGCGGGCCCUGGCCCUGGAGGUGGGGUCGGCGCAGUUCCGCAACGAGUCGCUGCUCCUCUUCUGCGACGUGGACCUGGUGUUCACGGCUGAGUUCCUGCAGCGGUGCCGGGCCAACACGGUGCUGGGCCAGCAGAUCUACUUCCCCAUCAUCUUCAGCCAGUACGACCCCCGGAUCGUCUACGGCGGCAAGGCCCCCGGCGACCACCACUUCGCCUUCACGCGGAAGACGGGCUUCUGGAGGAACUACGGGUUCGGCAUCACCUGCAUCUACAAGGGGGACCUGGUCCGGGUGGGCGGCUUCGACGUCUCCAUCCAGGGCUGGGGGCUGGAGGACGUGGACCUCUUCAACAAAGUGGUGCGGGCCGGCCUCCAGACGUUCCGCAGCCAGGAGGUCGGGGUGGUCCACGUGCACCACCCCGUCUUCUGCGACCCCAACCUGGACCCCAAGCAGUACAAGAUGUGCCUGGGGUCCAAGGCGUCCACCUACGGGUCCACGCAGCAGCUGGCCGAGAUGUGGCUGGAGAAGAACGAGCCGGGGUACAGCAAGGCCGGCAACACCAGCGGCUCGGCCAGGACAGCCUGACGUCCAGCCCCCCGCGCUGGGCCAGAGACCCUUUUUCAUUCUCUAAUUUAUUUUUCUGGAAAUUGUUUGUUUCUAUUUUUUUUUUUUUUUGGGUACCAACCCCGUUUUGCAAGUCGAUUGCACCCGGAUCUGUUUGACACGUGACCUUUCUUACACCGAGGACUCCUAUUUGAAGAUUGAGCUUUUUUUUCUUUUUUUUUUUUUUUUUCUUCUGGGAACAAAAAUGUGAUGUUUCUGCCUUCGGACACACGUUUCUCCCCGCCGGACACGCUGUAGCAGAACCCCGCCGUUCUCCGUGACUUGAAAUGUACCCGAUGAAUGAAUGAGACACGUUUUUUCUGUCGUCCUUCCGUUUCUUCCCCCGGCCCCCGCGCUACCAAGUGUUAUGGUAACGAGACACUGUAACUCCGCUCACUGUUCUGUUGUAACUGGUCCCCGUCGCACAGUCUCUACCUGUUGUCUCUGCCGCGCGGCCGGCGAUGUUUUUGAAAGCCGCGUUGGGUUCCGAUGGUAGGAAGAAGGGAAUGGAUCAUCGUCCGUAUCGUCACCCCCCGGAAGAGCCGUCCCACGUGCCCUCCUGCUCCCUGCGGGCUUUUAGGCAAAAGGGGGCGAGGGAGACACCGUAAGAGAAUAGGGCCGUUCUAGCCAUGCGUGUGGGCUCAGUGGAUCUGGCGUUAAAAUCCAAGAAGGAUCUGGUAUUUCCUCUCUCCCUGGCCCUUCUCCUCAAAGGAUAAAAUAUCAAUUAUUUUCUUUUAAUCCUUACCUGAGGAUGUUUUCCCAUUGAUUUUUAUCUUAUUUUUUUAGGGAGAGUGGAAGAGAGAGAGAAAGACAAGAGAGAAACGUCGAUGUGAGAGACACACAUCAAUGGGUUGCCUCCUGCACCCGCCCCGACCAGGGCCCGGGAGGAGCCUGCAACCGGGGCACCUACCCUUGACUGGAAUCGAACCCGGGACCCUUCGGUCCACAGGCCGACGCUCGAUCCACUGAGCCACACCAGCCAGGGCUAAACCAUUCAUCUUUAGGAUGGCAAAGAGAAGGACGGUGGUGAAUCGGCUGUACCCCCUGCUGUACCCUGAUGAAAGUGCGUGGGGGCGUGAAAUUGUAUUUGCUUUUGUUCCUUCAUCUCCUGUCUGUGUUACGUCGGUGGAGACGGCUGUUUCAUUCUUUACAAUUCCCUUUCUUUCCCCCCUCUUUUGUCUCCAGAACACCUUUAAUUUAUUUGAUGCUCGUUGGUAAGCGCGCUGCCGAUGUUCCAGGACCUGCUAGGCGAUCUAGUAUUUAUGCGUAUCAGGGCGUGUCCAGUGGGUUUUAUUUGCAGUAAACCGCACUCCAAAGAUUUCAUUCCGAAAAUGCGCCCCCACCCCCCACGUUCCUUACCACUUUUGGUUUUUUGACUAAACUAUCAAGUGUUCUUUGACGAUUUUGGUGCUCACGCGUUUUUUAGGAACAAAAGCGAAAUGAACCUGUCACCAGGCCAGGACGUCCCGUGUCCCCUGGCGGCCCGCACGUGCCUUAACCACACGGGGUCCCUCACGUCAAUGCCCAGCAGCGACGGACUUGCCACGUCAGUCAGCACUCGUCCUUGGAGGUCUGCCGAUCUGUACAUAGCCAGUCGCUCCUUCGGCGCAAUAAACCCGUCGACAGUAUUUUUCUAUCGGACUCUGCGGAGCCAUUGUGUCUCCUUGACUCCUCUGUUUCGGCCCCCUGAGGGUUGUAUGACAUCCGGGGAGUAAAAAGCUUAAGCCACGA